AUAAACUCAGUUGCGAGCGAACAUUCGCGGAUAAAGGAUGUGUAAAUCGUGCGUGGGACGCAUCGCGGCGGUUUAAAAGUGUUAAGUGUUAUAAUUAUGUCUGUGUAUGGACUGGUGCAAUGUGUAAGUUUGUGUUGAUUUGUGUGUGCGCGCGGCGUGGUGGCGUGGGUGUUGACGCGUAUCCCCGCAAAUAGUGGUGCCAAUAAAGUGAAUAAUAUUAAAGUGCAUUUGUGUAAAAAAAAAAUUGUUGGACUUGUGCUUGAAAUUGUAUAUGAAGUGUGCAAAUUUGCGUAUUUAAUGAAGCAACAAAACGGCGUCGCGAGACUUCCGGAAAAACACGAGCUGUGGAAAAUCAAAGAGUGCAGACGCAAUUGUUGUUGCUGCAUAUAAUUUAUUGUGUGCGACGCGCGACCGACUCUAUAUGUACGAGCGUAGAAGUAUGUAAAUUGGCGUACCAAUACAUCGGCAAUAUUUCGCAUACACACGCACAAAAGGCACUUAAAAAAGCUCGCGUUUGUGUGUCGGCAUCGGCGUCGGGACUCCUCUUCCUUGUUGUGUGCCUGAAGGAAGCGUGUUGAAAGUGGCGCAGUAGCGAAAAAUUGCGCAGGCGCUGUGCACGGCAUGCCUGCUGUGUGAUUAUUUAUGACGGAAUAAUAAUAAUAAUAGGAAAGCAAAAAGAAAAAAAAAACAAUAAUAAUAAAAACAAAAAUAGAAAAUUUGGUAAUUUUAAUCCAAAAAAUUUGUGAUAGUGCAAAGUGUUCAAUUGAAAAUAUUUGUUGACACAUUUUUUUUUUUCUGUGAAGGCCCUUGAGUAACAACGUGGUGUUGGCAUGUAAACAACGAACAUUUGGCUAAAAAAUCAACCGCCUGUGGACGUGUCAAAAUCACACGCUUCAAAGCGUUAUCAAACAUUACAUAUCAUGCAAUAACGGUUUAUUGUGUCAGAGGCGCGGCAUUAGUAUUCACUUUGACUCAGCCAACAAUACACUGGCAGCAGCGACAGCGACAAGCGCAAUAUCAAAGGUUCCACAACGUUAUUGCGAAUUUCCAUAGCGCGCAACAACAAAGUAAGUGGCCGUGAUAGCCACGCAUUGACGGCUGAACUGUUGCGGCGCACCACGCCACGCGAUGGUGGAAUCUUCAGCCAUUGGCCGGCCACUGACUGGAUGCGUAAAUCCACAGCAGCCGGCAACAGCUGCCAUCACCGCCGCCGCACAGCAUUCGCCCUCCGGCAUGCGUUGUGGCACGUUGGAGACGCGCGUGCGAGGCGCCUGGUAUCGUGUGCUGGUGGCGCUGGAAACCGACUUUCUGGCAAUUAGUUUGGACGAGUCCUGCGAUGCGGCGGCCAUCAGUGUGGACCAAUCGACCACACUGAAUGGCACUUUGGGCAGCAACCACAGCGGUCAUAAUGGGUCCAUACCCUCAUCGGCCUCCAUGCAGGGUAUGGGCGGCACGGGCACGGGCAGCGCCGCUGAUACCGAUUGUACGGACAAUGGUGGUGGCAGCGCUAACGGCGGUGACCAUCUGCUGAAUAAUAAUACGUUGGACAAUGGACUGGAUAUGUGCGAUGUACCUGAUCAUGUGGCAAAUCAAAAGAGACAUGUGCGCAUCAUUAAAUCGGACAACAACGGUCUCGGCAUUUCCAUUAAGGGCGGACGCGAAAAUCGCAUGCCCAUAUUGAUAUCGAAAAUUUUUCGCGGCAUGGCGGCGGAUCAAGCCAAGGGACUGUAUGUAGGCGAUGCCAUACUGUCGGUGAACGGCGAGGAGCUGCGCGAAGCAACACACGAUGAGGCAGUGCGCGCACUGAAACGAGCCGGUCGCGUUGUGGACUUAGAAGUGAAAUUCCUGCGCGAGGUAACACCAUACUUCCGAAAAGCCAGUAUUAUCUCCGAAGUGGGCUGGGAAUUGCAGCGCGCUUUUCUGUGUCCACUGGGGCCCGGCGCGCCUACAUCGCCGCCAGCGCCGAAGAUCACACCGCGGGCCGACACGCGUUAUAUACCGUUACAGUUGACACAUUUGGCGCGCAAUUUGAAAUACAUCGAUCCCGAGAACCGUUGUAUCGAACUGCAUUCGCCGGACGGCGUGCACUCGUGCAUCCUGCGCGCCACCGACUCAGCCGAAGCGCUGAUCUGGUUCAAUGCGCUGCACUCGGCGAUGUGUGGCAGUACACAGCGCGCACUCACCGAUGCCAAUCGCGCGCUAAUGAAUGUCAUCGGCGAGCUGAAGCACAUUGGCUGGCUUAGCAGGCGUUUGAGUGGCGGCAGCACCAGCGGCGGCGUUGGCGGUGGCAGUUCUGGCAGCGGCGGUGGUGGUGGUGGCAGCAGCGCCAGUGCCAUUGGCGGCGGCGGCGCAGGCGAUUUGCCAAGCGGACGUUCCAGCUCGGAGAGUUCCGAUGAAAACGACAAAUGGCAACCGAUUUUUGUCGCCGUCACCGAACGCGAGUUCAGGAUUUACGAGUCCGCUCCUUGGUCAGUGGAGGCAUGGGGACGUCCGUUGGAGAGCUUUGCAUUGGCAACAACAAGACUGGCUGGCGCUGGCAAUAAUUCAUCUUUGAACGGUCAACAGACGACGGUAUUCUGCGUGCGCUGCGGCACCACCCGCGGCGUGCUGGUCUAUUGGCUGCGCUCGGAGACGCAUCGUGACAUGGCCGCGUGGGCGCGCGCACUGGUGCAGGGUUCACACAACGCCGUCAACUAUCAGCGUGAGUUCUCGUUCCGCUGCCUCUACCAGGGCAGACAGUGUCAAUUGGUUGUGCAUUUGAAUCGUGGCUUUUGCCUGUACGACUGCAGCGGCUUUUCAGCGGCGGCGGCGGCGGGUGUCGUAGUGCCGCCCAAUCAGGCCAAAACACAGUUGUGGCAAUUUCCGUUCGACAAAUUGAAGGGCUCAGCGGACGACGGCAUGCGCAUGCUGUACUUGGAUUUCGGCGAUGACGGCGAAAUUGAACUGGAUAUGGAAUGCUGUCCCAAGCCGGUGGUCUUCGUGGUGCACAACUGCCUGUCGGCGAAGGUACACUCCAUCACCUAAGAGGAGCAAGCGACAGCUGACGCGCAGCGAGCAGCAUGACCAGCGUCUGACGCAGCAAAAACAAAAUUACUUUCAGAAGCGAAGGAAGGAGGCGCCACAAAUGGGCGUGCAGCAGUAACGUAGUAAAAAUUUUUGUAAUUUCAUACCAAACGCCGUUGAGUGAAUGCAGUUGAAAGAGAAAAACAAGUAAGCGUUUAUAAUAAUGCAUUAUAUCAAAUUUACUUAGCACUUAAACAUAACUUAAUUAUAACAUAAUUAUACUUAAUACAAUUGUGGUAAGCAUAAGCAGAUUUGUACAGCUUAUGUUAAACGAUCGAAGGUCAGCUGGACAGCUUUUGAGCGCGUGUGUGCUUCCUUAUUUUGUAUAAGGUGCAAAACUAGUCUUCAGUCGCGUAAUUCAGAAUAAACAUUAGGUAUAAAUUUAGCAAUAAGUACAGUUAUACAUGCGUAUAUGUAUAUGUGAAACAUUUAAAUGUAAACACACACACACUUGCAACACAAUAUUUCCGAAUAUUUGCAGCUUUGCUACUUUUCACACCGAAAUUCAUAGUUCGCAGCCCAACAGGGUUGCAUUUGUUUUGGUGUCCAGCGAAAUUGUGGAAUUUGAAAUUAAAGCGCACAAACUCGUGUGUAAGUGGUUAAAGUUUAGUUUUAAAAUAGGAAAAAGUAAGCCCGAAAAAACUGUCUGUAUGUUUGUAAAAAAGAAUUUCAAAUGGCAUGUAUAAGAAUAAUCCUUUUUCAAAUUUGCAUAAUUAAAUUGCACAGUCGACUAAUAUUUAAUUAACAAAUACAAACAGGCCAAAGCCAAACGAGUGCACAUGUUAUAAACACAUGCAUAUAUAUGUACGUCAUACAAAAUUUUGUGUAUAUUAGGGUGGGUAAAAAAAUUUGAAUAUUUUCUUCUGCUUAGUACUUUGAAGAAUACGUGCUUAGUCACCUCUUACACAUAUGUAUGUAUAUACAUAGCCAAAUUUAUGUAUGUUAGGGUGGUUCAAAAAAUCUAAUAUUUUUUUUACUUGAGACUUUGAAGAAUAGAUCCUUAGACACCUCUAACAUAUGCAUAUGUAUGAAGAAAGAAAAAUAUAUAUAUAUAUACAUACUUAUAUAAGUAUUAGGGUGGAUCAAAACCCCAAAAAAAUUUUUUGCUUGGUAUUUAAAGUAAAGCUGUUUAGACUUCUCACACAUAUAUACACAGAAAAUUUUUUGUAUAUUAGGGUGGGUCAAUAAAAACAAUAUAUUUUUUUUAUUGUUUAAAUGGAAAAAAUAUAACUUUUGUAGAAAAUUUAGAAAUCUACAGACUUCCUCAAAAGACCUUUUUUAGAAUACUAAGGGAAAAUAUAAAAAAAUGUUUUUUUAUGAAAAAAAAAUUAGACUACAAAACUGGUAGAUUUUUCGAAAAUGCUUUACUGAUUUUCUGAGAGGUGUCUGAGAAACUCUUGGUUCAGAGUAUCAAGAGUUCCAAGUGAAUGAAAAAAAAACGAUUUUUUUUUUACCCACCCUAAUACAUGCAUAUACAUAUAUAAAUAAAUAUACACACAUAUAUACAUACAUACAUAGAUACACAUCAAACAUAGGUUGAUAGGUGGAAAAAGAGAGUAUGAGAUUUGCAAAUGCAAAUUAACAAUGCAAUAUUUAUUUAUUUGUAUGUUUGUAUAUACAUAUUUGCAAUAAAAUGCCGAACAAAAGAACCGAGGAUAAUAAUUAAAUUUAACAAAUAAAUAAAAAAGUAUCACAUUUACAUUUACUACUGCAUACAAUUUACGAAAACUAUAAAUAACAUUACAAAAUAGGCAACAACAAUUACCGUUAGAUAAAAUCCAGCAACAUAUCUCGGUCAGCUGCAAUCAGCAACUGCAUACAUAGAGACUUAAUAAUAUUAAUAAACAAAAUUAAAUUAAUUAAUUACAAAAUUGUUAACAACAAAAGCGGAAAU